AUGAUUUUCCACGGCAUCACCGCUAUCAUGGUGCUGAUCACCUCAGCCAUCGCCAGUGCUCUGCCCAACGAGCAUAUCGAGGUGCCACCGCCCAAUCCAGUCCCCGAAAUUCUCAGUGGCCUCUUCGACUUUGUGGUGACACGCUUCGAAGCUCAAGCGGUGGUGCUCAGCGACCGAAGCUACGUAAACUUCCACCUCACCCCCUACCCCGGCGCGGCGGAAGCCCACUGCUUCGCGCUCAGCACGAGCCUCAACCACUCGCUGGCCUCAAGCCCGCAGACGUGGUGCCACCACGGACACGACGACGUCGACGACAACCUCGAGGACUGGACGCACGACCACGUGUGGUUCUCGUGGACGAUGGGCUUUGACGUCGACACCACGGACCCGACAGCGGACGGCGUCUUCGGCCUGGACCGCCAGACGGGCGCCUACCUGAAGGUGGUGCGGCAGGUGGACGCGCACACGCGCGACGAGUCGGUCGUGCACUUUGCCGAUAAGUACUUUGAGGUCGUGGGCGAGGGCAUGUUUGCCCAUCAGAUGUAUAUGGGGAGGGAGAAUUUUACGAUGACGUCUUUUCGGUUUGAAGGGGUGGAUCAUUGA